GGUGUUGGCAAUGGCGUUGACACCGUCAAUCAAAAUGGCACCACCAGCACACAAAUUGUUAGCAGUGUGGGACACAGCAUUGGAGACAUUUGAUUCAUCUGCAAUCGAGUCUGGAUCAACACUGGCGACGACAUUGGAAUUGGGACAGCAAUUGACACUGGCAUCUGGCAUUGGGAACAUCAUCGUUGGCUCUGGCACGAGCACAAUAGCGGACACAAUGGCAAUAAUGGCAGGCAAGCAUAUGAGCCUGGCCGACAUCAGUUUGAUCUGUUUAAUAUGUUCCAGUGAAAGCUGUUGGAGGAUAUUGCAAUCGACGAAUGCAGCCCACAUUCAUACAUGAGCUGCAUACCCAGAUGCCCGGAAAGACGACCAUCCUCAUCAUCAUAAUCAUCACAGCGAAGAAUCGAUUGCUUGCACACAACAAGGCAGCCUGCCGGUCAUCAUCUUUGACACGUUGCAGGCGGUGCAAAGCGAGUAUAAUUAAUUUGGUAAUAGUAGUAUACCACUUCUUGAUCACAUACAUCAGAAUGGAGUCAAGGCAUUGAUGUUGCUUCCCAUUUGUAUUUUGCAGCCCAGUAGCACUACCACACUGGACACAAACAAUAACAACAAUGGCAAGAGCAAUCAAAACAAAUACAAUCGUCGAGCAACGUGAUCUCUCAGUACGUAUUUCAUUGAUGUAUGCAAACCAACGAAACUUUUUAUCAAUGAAAGCUAAUGAACAUUUAUAUAUUUUCAUCAUCAUCCACAACCACAUCCGCCGCCGCUGCCGCCGCUGCCUACUUCUCAUCAUCAUCCCCAUAAUGAGAGCGCUUGAUGUAUGGAUUGCUGGGUGAGUAUUAAUAUUAGCUGAAUAUCUACUCCAAAUUGUUUGAAUUAAAUUGGGAGUGAUAUGAUUGAUAUGAUAUGAAGAGGAAAUCAUUUUGUAGCUUCAUUGGUGGAAUUUUGCCUAGCAGCAAUCAGGCAAUUAGUAAAUGUAGACAUCAUUUCAAUUAGUCUAUCCAGUUUUAUUGCAAUGGCAUUGUUAUUGUUAUUGUUAUUGUUAGUGACAGGAUUUGAAUUUACCUUAGAGUACUUAUGCUUUUGCUUUUGCUCAAGCAGCAUGAGGUUAAUUAGCUGAUCCAGUUUAUUUUCAAUAUUGUUCAAAUUGUUGACACCACCAGUAGGAUUGCUCAAUGCAGUAUCAGCACCUUGAUACUGAUGAUACAAGUGGCGUUGUUGAUGUUGCAUCUGUAGUUGCAUCUCUUGUUGUUGCAUCUGUUGAUGUUUAAGUAGUUGCAGCUGUAGAUUACCUUGAGGUUGAAGCUGUCGUUGUUGUUGUUGUUGUUGAGGAUUCUGUUUAUGAAUUUGAAUUUGGCCAAAUUUUAGUACAUCUGCAUAGCUGCCAACUAAACCUUUGCCAUUUGAUGAAUGCUGUCGCCGCUUAGACAACUGCUGCUGCUGCUGCUGCUGCUGGAGCUGCUGCUGGAGCUGUUGCUGAAGCUGUUGCUUGAGCUGCUGUUUGAGUUGCUGAUUUUGUUGAUUUAGUUGCUGCUGCUGCUGCUUGGGCUGCUGUUGUAGUUUGGGCUGCUUUUUGGCCUUGAUUUGAUUUAGCUGCUGCUGAUGUAGUGGACGCUGCUGCUGCUGCUGCU